GCCGCCUGCCGACGCUCCUCUCGCGGUGGCGGCGGCCCGGCGAUCCCCGGCGCUCCCCGGCGCUCCCUGCCCGCUAGGCCUGCGGCUCCUGCGGCUCCUGCGGCUCCGGCGGGCUCCGGCGGGCUCCGGCGGGCCUGCCAGCCUCAGGCUCUGGGGUCGCCGUGGGGGCUCGUCUGCUAGAGCGAGGGCCUCGGGGCGGGGGCGCGGCCGCGUCUGGCCCGUCUCCUAGAUCCAUUCCCUGAGGGCAGGGAGCUUGUCUGCUAUGUUCAGGAUGGUUUCUCCAGGCCCUGGCACCUGGAAGCUGCUCCCACGGUGGUUCCGGACAGCCUCAUACUGAUGACCUCUCUUUCGAGGGCUGCAGAAGAGUAUUCCCUUCCCUCAGCAGAGCCAGCAGAAACUGUAAUCCUAGAGGCCCAAGUGACCCUCAGGACUGGCAGAAUGAAUGACUGGCUCAGGAUUUUUGACCAAAACGUGCUGGUCCCUCCCCACCUACAGAGAGCACGCCAGCCUUUAAAGGAAUCAACAGCAUUUCAGUGUGUCCUGAAGUGGCUUGACGGGCCACUAAUUAAGCAGGGAGUGCUGGAGGUGCUUUCGGAGGUGGGCUGCCAUCUGCGUGUGUCUCUCUUUGAUGUCACCUACCGACACUUUUUCGGGAGGACAUGGAAGACCGCGGUGAGGCCGGCUGAGCAGCUUUCCAGGCAGCCAUCCAGGAUCAUCUUUGAUGAGCCCUUGUACUUUCACACGUCCUUGAACCACCCUAACGUGGUGGCUGUGGUUGAGGUGGUCACCGAAGGCCGGAAGCAGGAUGGCUCUCUCCAGGCUCUGUCAUGUGGCUUUGGAAUUCUUCGGAUUUUUGGCAACAAACUGGAAUCUCCUACCUCUGCCUCCCAGGACAAGCGGUUGAGGCUGUAUCACGGCACUCCCCGAGCCCUCCUGCACCCACUGCUCCAGGACCCUUUCGAACAAAAUAAACACAUGACCCUCAUUGAGAGCUGCAGCCUGCAAUACGCCCUGAGGCCACACCCGCUCCUGGAGCCCGUGUUCCAUCUUCUUCCCCAGAACCUUCUGGUGUCUGGUCUGCAGCACAUCCCUGGCCUCCUUCCAGCUCAUGGAGAAAAGGGGGACACCCUCCGAAAGCCUCGCCUUCAGAAGUCUGUCACAUGGUAUUUGGAUGAUUUAUUCUUCACGCUGUAUCCUUCCCUUGAGAAGUUUGAGGAAGAGCUUCUGGAACUCCUCAUCAGUGAUAACUUCCGGGAGGGAGACAGUCCACUAGAUGGCAGCACGCUGGAGAUCUUGGAGCGCCGCCUGUGUGUGGGCGUGCACAAUGGUCUGGGCUUCGUGCAGAGGCCACACGUGGUGGUGCUGGUGCCCGAGAUGGAUGUGGCCUUGACGCGCUCUGCCAGUUUCAGCAGGAAAGUUGGCUCCUCUUCGAAGACCAGCUCUGGAAACCAGGCUCUAGUUUUGAGAAGCCGCCUCCGACUCCCUGAAAUGGUCCAUCACCCUGCGUUUGCCAUAGUCUUUCAACUGGAGUACGUGUUCACCAGCCCUUCUGGAGUGGACAGCAAGGCAGCCUCAGUCACCUCUUUGUCCAGUGUGGCGUGUAUGCACAUAGUUCGCUGGGCUGUUUGGAACCCCUUGCUGGAAUCUGGCUCCGGGAAGGUGAUCUUACCUCUGCAGGGUGGGAUCCGGCCCAACCCCUCACACUGUUUGGUCUAUAAAGUAACCCCUGCCAGCAUGAGCUCUGAAGAGGUGCAGCAAGUGGAGUCAGGGACUGUCCAGUUCCACUUCUCGCUGAGCCCUGAGGGACACCUGGACACACCCAAGGGGCUGGUCCACAGCCCUGAGGCGGAGCGGCAGCCCUCCAGGAAGCCACCCACAUCUCCUACAAACCUGCCAGCACUGCCGCCCCAGGGGCUCGCUGCCCUCCAGGACUCGCCGGUGGGACCAGGGUUGUCCCUUUCCCAGCUGGCAGCUUCCCCACAGCCUGCCACCCGCUGCCGCUCAGCCACACCCCCUCCACGGCAACCCGACAGCUGUAAGCCCCCGCCGGCCCAGGAGCAGGAGCCCCCCUCGGAGGGCAGGAUCUCUCACCUGGAGGCCCAGCUGAGCCAGGCGUCCUUGGUCCUGGGAGCCUCUGUUGCUGAACAGCUGCAGGAGCUGCCUUUUAUGCCGGUGCACGCCCCGAUUGUUGUGGGAGCCCAGACCAGGAGCUCUGGAAGUAAGCUCUCACGAGCCUCAAUGGUGCUCCUGCAAGCCUGCGGCUUUCCUGAGAUUCUGGAUGCCAAUAAGCAACCAGCCGAGGCUGUAAAUCCUACAGAUCCUGUGAAAUUCAACCCCCAAAAGGAAGAAUCAGAUUGUCUACAAAGCAACGAGAUAGUACUGCAUUUUCUUGCCUUUAGCAGAGUGUCCCAGGACUGCCAGGGAGCACCGUGGCCAAAGACCGUGUAUUUCACCUUCCAGUUCUAUCGCUUCCCACCCAUGACAACGCCACGCUUGCAGCUGAUCGGGCUGGAUGAAACGGGCAAGACAGGCUCUGGUUCCCUGUUGUAUCUCCUGGUUCUCACUGACAAAGAUGGCUCCUCUGAUGCUGGGGCACCUGGCUUUCAACUCAAGUACCUGGUGGAACCUGGGUUCCUGAAACCCGGAGAACAGCGCUGGUUCACCCACUACCUGGCUGCUCAGACCCUCCAGAUCGACGUCUGGGAUGGAGACUCCUUGCUGCUCGUGGGAUCUGCAGCCGUCCAGAUGAAGCAUCUCCUCCGCCAAGGACGGCCGGCUGUGCAGGUCCUGCAUGAGCUUGAGGUCGUGGCGACUGAAUAUGAACAGGAUGUGGUGGUGAGUGGAGAUGUGACCAGAUUUGGCUGUGUCAAGCCCAUCGGUGUCUACACAGUGGUAAAGGGCUGGCUGCACCUGACGUUGGCCAACGUGGGUCAUGUGUGUGAGCAGAGAGUGAGAGAUUCCAGCUCAUUGCCACCUUCCAGGUCACGGGUCAUUUCGAAUGAUGGAGCCAGACACUUCGAGGGAGGCAGUCUCAUCUCGCGCGGGGGUCCGAGAUCAGUAAAAAAUGUUGUCCAAGCACAGAAGCUGGCUGAUGUGGACCGUGAGCUGGCUGCCAUGCUGUUCACCCACAUGCAACAUGGGAGCAAGGGGCCCCAAGGUGCUUGCCGUGAGGGGGAUGCCGUCCGCAGGCGCAAGCUGGAGCGGAUGAGGUCCGUGCGCCUUCAAGAGUCCAGAGGAGAGCUCAGCUGCUGGGGGGCCAGCAUGUUGAUUCAGCAGAAUAUCCGCGCACAGCACGCACGCGACCUGCAGGUCAUUGCUGCCUAUCGGGAGCGUACGAAGGCAGAGAGCAUCACCAGUGCACUGAGCCUGGCCAUCACCACGAUGCACACAAUCCACGUCACACUGGGCACUGCCGAGUUCUUCGAGUUUGCCCUUAGGAACCCCCACAACACACAGCACACAGUGACCAUUGAGGUGGACAAUCCUGAGCUCAGCAUCAUCCAGGACAGUCAGGAGUGGAGAUACUUCAAAGACGCGGCCAAGCUGCACACGCCGGUGGAGGAGGACAUGUUCCAUCUGAGGGGCAGCCUUGCCCCGCAGAUCUUCCUGCGCCCACGAGAGACCGCCCACAUCCCCUUCAAAUACCAGACCUUCUCUGUAGGGCAACUGGCCCUGGCACAGCCCUCUGCUGAGCUCAGAUCUGAGAAGGACACGGAUACCGGAUUGCCCCAGAAAUCCAGUGCAAUGCCCACUAAGCAUGCUAAGGUCUUGUUCCGGGGUAGUGGCGGUAAGCCCAUCGCCGUGCUUUGCCUAACCGUGGAGACCCAGCCCCAUGUGGUGGACCAGGUUUUCCGCUUCUACCACCCAGAGCUCACCUUCCUGAAGAAGGCCAUCCGCCUGCCUCCCUGGCACACGCUUCCAGGUGCUCCUGUGGGAAGACCUGGUGAGGAGCCCCCAGUCCAUGUCCGAUGUAGCGACCCCAACGUCAUCUGCGAGACCCAGAAUGUGGGCCCCAGGGAGCCUCGGGACGUGUUCCUGAAGGUGGCCAGCGGUCCAAGCCCAGAGAGCAGAGACUUCUUUGUCGCCGUUUACGCGGAUCGUUGGCUGGCGACACCCGUCCAAAUAUGGCAGGUCUACCUCCACUCCUUGCAGCGUGUGGACGUCUCCUGCGUCACAGGCCAGCGGACACGCCUAUCCCUUGUCCUUCGAGGGACACAGACGGUUAGGAGAGUGCAGGCUUUCACCUCACACCCUCAGGAGCUGAAGACUGACCCCAAAGGUAUGUUCGUGCUGCCACCACAUGGGGUGCAGGACCUGCAUGUCGGUGUGAGGCCCCGCAGGGCAGGGAGCCGGUUCAUCCACCUCAACCUGGUCGACGUGGACUACCACCAGCUGGUGGCCUCAUGGCUCGUGUGCCUCUCCUGCCGCCCGCCUCUCAUCUCCAAGGCUUUCGAGAUCACACUGGCUGCAGGGAAAGGCAGAGGCGCCAACAAGCGGAUCACCUACACCAACCCUUACCCCUCCCAGAGGACCUAUCACCUGUACAGCGACCACCCUGACCUGCUGCAGUUCAGAGAGGACUCCUUCCAGGUUGGGGGAGGAGAGACCUACACCAUUGGCCUGUGGUUCGCACCUCGGCAGAGCCCCGGGGAGGAGGAGAUUCUGAUUUACAUCAAUGACCACGAAGACAAAAAUGAAGAAGCGUUCUGCGUCAAGGUCGUGUACCAGUAAAGGAGCAGCCGGAGGUGCUGUUGGGGCUUCCUGUCCUGGGGGCUCUGUAGCCUUUUGUCCCCUCGAUGACCUGCUGGGGCUGCUGGUGAGCAUGGCCGAGGGUGGUGUGCGCGCCGUGCCCCUGCCCAGUCCUCCUGCCCAAGUAAGCGCUGCUGUCACCAGCUGUGCCACGAGCCCCGCGGGCGUCCUCAGGGUACGAGGCUCGUUUCUUCUGCUGCACUCUGGCUGUUGUCACUGUCUAUGACAUGUUGAUUUACUUUUUAGGAAUAUAUAUUUUAUGAAUCAUCUUAAGUGAUAAAAUUAUGUAUUCUUACUGGAUUUUGUACAAACAUUAUUUGCUAUGCAAUAUUUUAUAUUGGUGUCCUUUCAUAUCUUUUUUUAAGUUACAUAUGAAAUACUAAACUUUUGCCUGUUUUCUCUCUU